CCCGACGCCCACGCAAGCCCGGAAAUACAAGCAGCGAGCGCCCAGCAGCCUGGUCCUGCCCCAUCGCCAGGGCGUCGCCUCGCCUGCCCCCAGGGUGGGCUGGAUUGAGGACCCCUCAUCCCCUCCCAGAGCCGCGGGGCUGCACCCGAUGGCUAACCCGGGGCUUGCCUUGGCAGCGCCCUGAGAUGCGCUCCAGACCGGGGGCGAGCCGAUAGCACAAGUGCCCCCGAGCAGCGUGGAGACACCCCCGGUGCCCGCCCCGCCAUGGCCCCGCUGGGCGAAGACACCCCCCUGAUGGGGCACUGCUCCAGCAGCCUGUCCUCCACCGAGGCGGGCAUGCUGCAGGUGCACCUGUACCACCAGCCCGGCACCCCCAACUCCUCCGGCACCCUCACCUUCUCCUUCGGCGAGUACCUGGCAGAGGAGCUGUGCGUGGCGGCCGCCAAGGCCUGCGGCAUCCUGCCCAUUUGCCACUGUCUCUUUGCCCUGGCCACCGAGGACCUGAGCGGCUGGUUCCCCCCCAACCACGUCUUCACCGUCAGCGAUGCCACCACCCUGGUCGUCGUCUACAGGAUCAGGUUCCUCUUCCCCAACUGGUGCAGGCCGGGGAAGUCGCAGCGGUUCCAGCUGCUGCAGGACCGGGCCAGCACCGUCCUGGACCAGCCCGUCAUCGACUACCUCUUUGCUCAGUCCCGCAGCGACUUCCUGCGGGGGCUCGUGGCGGGGGCGCUGAGCUGGCAGACGCUGGAGGCCUGCCUGUGCCUGGCCGUGCUGGACAUGCUGCGCAUCGCCAAGGAGCGCCGGCAGAGCCUGGACCGCGUCUUCAGCUGCGUCAGCUACAAGUCCUGCCUGCCCGAGGGGCUGCGGGACCAGAUCCAGCAGCGCGGUUUCUUGACCCGCAAGCGCAUCCGCCGCAAGUUCGGGCAGUCGCUGCGGCGCCUGGGCGCCUGCCAGACGGAUGCCCGCUACCUCAAGAUCAAGUACCUGCUGGACCUGGCGCGGCUGCAGGGCACGGGGGCCGAGGAGUGCUUCUGGGUGCGGUUCCCUGGCGCCCCCGACCCCGAGACCCUCAUCCACGUGGCAGGGGAGAGCGGCGUCUUCUGGAGCCACAGCGGGGACGAGGUGAGGCGGGGGCCGAGCGCCGGCUGUGGGGUCACCCCUGGAGCUGGGGCUCUGGGGUGCCAGCACCCGCUGGUGGGCACGUUACCUGCUGCCGCCAGCCAAGGGCAAUGCUGGCAGCGUGCACGGGGCUGUACGGUGCCCUCCCUGCCUGUGCCGCCCGCGCAGGAGGUGGAGUUCCCCAGCCUGCGGGAGGCGCUGUCCUUCGUCUCCCUCCUGGACGGCUACUACCGGCUGACGGCGGACGCCCACCACUACUUCUGCAAGGAGGUGGCCCCCCCCCGGCUUCUGGAGGACUUGGAGAACCGGUGCCACAGGCCCAUCAGCUCGGAGUUUGCGGUGCACAAGCUGAAGGCGGCAGGGAGCAGCCCGGGGCUCUACCUCCUGCGCCGCAGCCCCCAGGACUUCGACAGCUACCUGCUGACGGUCUGCGUGGAGACGGCAUUGGGGAUAGACUACAAGCGCUGCCUGAUCCGGAAGGACCCAGACGGCAGCUACGGGCUCUCCGGGGUGGCGCGGCGCCUCGGCAGCCUGCGGGAGCUGCUGGGCACCUACCAGCAGUGCAGCCUGCAGGCCGACGGCGUGGCCAUGCGCCUGGCCGAUUGCUGCCCUCCACGGCCCAAAGAAAAGUCCAACCUGCUGAUCGUGCGGGGGGGCUGCUCCCCGCUGCCCGGCUCCCCCUCCGCCCCGCGCCGCAUCCCCAACCAGAUGACCUUCCACAAGAUCCGGCUGGAGAACCUGACCUGGGGCGAGAGCCUGGGCCAGGGCUCCUUCACGCGGAUCUACCAGGGCAUCCAGCGGGACCAGGAGGGCGGCGAGGAGCACCAGACCGAGGUCUUGCUCAAAGUGCUGGACAGCGGCCAGCGCAACUGCUCCGCGUCCUUCCUCGAAGCCGCCAGCGUCAUGAGCCAGGUCUCACACAAGCACCUCGUCCUGCUGCACGGGGUCAGCAUCGGGAAGGACAGCGUCAUGGUGCAGGAGUACGUGCGGCACGGCGCCCUCGACACCUACCUGCGCCGCGGCCAGGCCGAGGGCAAGGUGACCACCAGCUGGAAGCUGCAAGUGGCCAAGCAGCUGGCCUACGCCCUCAACUUCCUGGAGGACAAGAAGAUCGUCCACGGCAACGUCUCGGCUAAGAAAGUGCUGCUGGCGCGGGAGGGGGACGCGGCUGGCGGGAGCCCCCCCUUCAUCAAGCUCAGCGACCCGGGGGUCAGCAUCACCGUGCUGGCCCCAGAGCUGCUCGUGGACCGCAUCCCCUGGGUGGCCCCCGAGUGCGUCCGCGACCCCAAGGCCCUGGCGCUCGAGGCGGACAGGUGGAGCUUCGGCGCGACGCUCUGGGAGAUCUUCAGCAGCGGCGCCGUGCCCCUGAGUGCGCUGGAGCCCUCCAAGAUGCUGGAUUUCUACCUGAGCGCCCUGCAGCUGCCCCCUCCCAAGUGGACGGAGCUGGCCAACCUGGUGGCCCAGUGCAUGGACUACCAGCCCUGCGGGCGCCCCUCCUUCCGCGCCAUCCUCCGGGACCUCAACAGCCUCAUCACCUCGGACUACGAGCUGCUGUCGGACCUGUCGCCCAGCGACCCCCCAGCCAGGGACGGCUUCUGGGACUACGCCAACGCGCCCCUGUGCCAGGACCCCACGCUCUUCGAGGAGCGCCACCUCAAGUACAUCUCUGUGCUGGGCAAGGGCAACUUCGGCAGCGUGGAGCUGUGCCGCUACGACCCGCUGGGCGACAGCACCGGGGAGCUGGUGGCCGUGAAGCGGCUGCAGCAGAGCUCGGCCGAGCAGCUGCGGGACUUCGAGAGGGAGAUCGCCAUCCUGCGCGCCCUGCACAACGACUUCAUCGUCAAGUACCGCGGCGUCUGCUACAGCCGGGGGCGCCGGAGCCUGCGGCUGGUGAUGGAGUACCUGCCCAACGGGUGCCUCCGGGACUUCCUGCAGAAGAACCAGGCGCGCCUGGACCACCGCAAGCUGCUGCUCUACGCGCUGCAGAUCUGCAAGGGCAUGGAGUACCUGGGCGCCCAGCGCUGCGUGAACCGGGACCUGGCCAGCCGCAACAUCCUGGUGGAGAACGAGAGCCACGUGAAGAUCGGGGACUUCGGCCUGGCCAAGCUGCUGCCCCAGGGCAAGGAGUACUACGUCGUGCGUGAGCCGGGGCAGAGCCCCAUCUUCUGGUACGCACCCGAGUCGCUGGCUGACAACGUGUUCUCCCGCGAGUCCGACGUCUGGAGCUUCGGCGUCGUCCUCUACGAGCUCUUCACCUUCAGCAGCAAGAGCCGGAGCCCCUCGGAGGAAUUCCUCCGCAUGAUGGGGCCGGACAAGCCCCCGCAGAUCAUCUGCCCCCUGCUCGAGCUCCUGAAGGACGACAAGCGGCUCCCGGCGCCCGCCAGCUGCCCCACCGAGGUGCACGCCCUCAUGCUGAGCUGCUGGACCUUCACCCCCGGCAAGCGGCCCACGUUUGGGGAGCUGGCAGCCAGGAUCGAGGCGCUGCAGGACAGCCGCAGCAAAGUCCGGGGGUAGCACCCGAGGCUGGCGCCCGCCCCGCAGACAGCGCUGGAGUGGGCACCGCCUGGGACCCCCCGCCACCAGAAGCAGCAGGCUCUGCCCAAGGUCCCCGUGGCCACCGCAAGCUUAGUGCUAGGACGACGAUGCUGCUCGGUGCCAAGGAUGUGCGGGCAGCUUGCAGCGUGCCCUCAAGGACCUCUCUGCUCCCCUCUGGGCUCCGUGGGCCCUGCCAGGCUGCCCCCCGUGCCAGCACAAUUGGACGCCUGGCUGCAGAGCAGUGAUUGCCCUGGGGCAGGGCUGGGCACAGGGGCAGUGAUGCCACCCUCCCGCACCCCAUGGGGACCAGCUACCUGGCAAGAGCCCCUGCUGCCCCCACGGCUCAGCCUGGCUCCUCAGCCGCGACUCACCUGGCCCAGACCAGGCUGCGCCCAGCGGCACUGCUGCCCCAGAGCAUUGGGUGUGAGGGGCUGGCAGCGCGAAGGAUGCCCUGUGGUUUCCCAGGUCCUGCGACGCCCGGUCCCCAGGUCUGGUCCACACCGAGAAGAGACCCUGGGGCCGCGGGGCCUGGACAGCCCUGGCUUGUUUGGGCAGCACUGUGCCCCCACUGCUCCCCUGGCCCCCCUCCAUCGCCAUUUGCCAGCCAGGACCUGCUGGUUGAGGUCUCUCUAGUGGCUUUUUAACCCCCUAUUUUUCCUUGGGGCGCGGGGGGUGUUUGGAAACCAGCCCCCCUUGCCUAUACCGGGGCUUCCCAGAGCCUGCAGAGGGGCUGAGCUGGGUGGCAAAGGCCCCAGCCAGGCAAGCUGCCGGCAGGACACGCUCUGCGCUUGCUUGUGCCCGGUACAGACCGCAAAAGGCAUCGCCUUGACAUUAAAACCCUGGAAAGA